AUGUUUCUCUCGCGAUGGCUUUCAGCCAUCACUUACAAAAUGCGGGUGCCGUAUGGCGUCAAGCAGAGCGAACAAUAUCGGCAGGCGAAGAAGCAAACAAAGCUAGCCGCUAAGAACGCCCGAAAGAUGAAGGAGAGUAAAGGGUUGCUGCUGGAGGGGAAGAAGAGUUCUCUGUACAUGAACCUGAUGCAAAACACGGGAAUUGCGUGGUAUCGAAGCCUGCAAGUGUGCAAACACCUGGAGAUGCACUGGCGUGCUCCGGCCCCACGCAUCACCGCCGGAUUCAGGGACAAAGUGUCUCAAGCGGUCGCAGUUGUCAAGCAAGGGAGAUGA